AUGCUACCAAUCAGAAGUAUAUCUAAGUUAAUACGGUGCUUCAGUAACACUGCAGGCGUGUCUAUUAAGCGCAACAAAUUACCUCCUCGUCCCAAGGUGAGCGAGGACGAGAUCGAAGAGGUGUUUAUCAAAGGAGGGAAAUGGUGGGCAGAAAGUAAGUAUCGUUGGAAGUUAUGUCAAUUAGAAGAGCUAAAGUUUAAAACUAACAGCAAUUUUUUCAAGAUUAAUAAAACAAACAGUAAAGUCCAGUUAACACAUAUUCCAACAGGCCUUGUUGUUUCAUCACAGGCUACCCGUUCACGAGAGCAGAACAGGAAACAUGCAAGGGAGCAGCUUGCUUAUAAACUCCAAGAACUUCUUGAUCCAGAGAAUUCUAGGGCCAAAGCCCUUCGUGAACUACGGAUCCAGAAGAAGCAUUCUAAAGUCAAGAAAACUAAAAAGAAAUAUAAGUUGUUGGACGAAGAGAAACAGAAGCAAAAAGAAUUGGAGAAGAAUGAAGAACAGGAGGAGAUGAUUUUCAAGUUUGAAUAG